CAAGAAGUAGAACAUGGGGAGCAAAGUAAGUGUGGAGAGUAAGGAAUCUGCCAAGCGGUCAAGAGAACUUGAAAAGAAACUUCAGGAAGACGCAGCCCGGGAUGCCAGGACAGUGAAGCUGCUGCUGUUAGGUGCUGGAGAAUCAGGGAAAAGCACCAUUGUGAAGCAAAUGAAAAUUAUCCAUAAGAAUGGCUACACAGAGCAAGAAUGCAUGGAGUACAAAGCAGUUGUUUACAGCAAUAUACUGCAAUCUAUUUUGGCGAUCAUGAAGGCCAUGACAACAUUAGGAAUUGAAUAUGGAAAUCCCCAAAGUGCAGAAGAUGAAAAGCAGCUCGGCAUGAUGGCAAACACCUUAGAAGAUGGCACCAUGACUUCCGAACUGGCGGAAAGGAUGAAGCGUCUCUGGAGAGACUCUGGAAUCCAGGCCUGCUUCAAACGUGCCUCAGAAUAUCAGCUCAGUGAUUCUGCUGCUUAUUACCUCAAUGACUUGGACAGACUAACCGCCCCUGGAUAUCUUCCCAAUGAACAAGAUGUGCUGCGCUCGAGAGUAAAAACCACGGGGAUCAUUGAAACCCAAUUCUCCUUCAAGGAUUUGCAUUUCAGGAUGUUUGACGUUGGUGGGCAGAGGUCAGAGAGAAAGAAAUGGAUCCACUGCUUUGAAGGAGUGACCUGCAUCAUCUUUUGUGCAGCCCUCAGUGCCUAUGACAUGGUGCUGGUGGAAGAUGAAGAAGUGAACAGAAUGCAUGAGAGCCUUCAUCUGUUCAACAGCAUCUGUAAUCACAAGUACUUUGCUACCACAUCCAUUGUCCUGUUUCUCAAUAAGAAAGACCUCUUCAAAGAUAAAAUAACAAAGGUUCAUCUCAGUAUUUGCUUCCCAGAAUACAAAGGCCCCAACACAUUUGAAGAUGCAGGAAAUUAUAUCAAGAACCAGUUCGUCAACCUAAAUUUAAAAAAAGAAGAUAAGGAGAUAUAUUGUCAUAUGACCUGCGCCACAGACACCCAGAAUGUCAGAUUUGUUUUUGAUGCAGUUACGGAUAUAAUAAUCAAAGAAAAUCUGAAGGACUGUGGGCUCUUCUGAUUGCUGGAUCUCUCUCCUUUUUGCUUUGACUGCUUUUGUGGUAUAAGGGGAGAUGCCAUGUGGCCUACUGAAAAUUAGAUGUAAAUUUAGGAGAAUGGUAGAUUGUUUUAUUGGGUAAGGGCUUCUCUAUAAUUGUUCUGGCCAAAAUGCUCACUCAAACACUUUCAGAAAUUUCUUCUGUUACUUUAUUACCUACACUUGGAGAUGUUCUUUGCCCCCUUUAAUGAGUGAAAACACUGCAGAUGGUAUUUCUGAAUUGCCAGAGUUUAAGGUUUAGAAGCUGAAUUUUAUUAUUGUUCCAUAAAGGACUGCUUUGAUUAUGAACAAGCACUCUUCCAAAAUGACAUGUUGUUUAAAACACAGAAGUGACAGAAUGUACAAGGUGUUACAUCUUUGGUAAGGCAAAUUUUCCAAGGUACUUACCUGGAUUAUGAAAGUGAAUUUGAACAAGUGGAAUUUUAUUGGACAACUUAUUUUUAAUUGGUCAAAUGCACCUGAAAAUUUCAGGCCUCAUUUUCCAGGUGGUAUGAAUGAUAUUGGGCAGAAGGGCUAGCUAAUUGUCUAUCAGCUUCAUUUUGGUUGUUUUCUUCUGACACUCUACAUUAAUUGAUAAAGAUUCCUAACCUAAUUGCUAAAGGGGUCAAUCAGUAAAAUAGUGGUUUAUAACCAUUUAAACAAUUUGUCAUCUGUUGUUAUGACCUUUGAGAAACUGAAAUACAGAUAAGAGUCCUGCUCUUAAAAGAUCUCCAGGGAACUUUAUAAGUAGGUAAGGUGAAAUUCAAUCAUUUCUGGGGAAAGUUCCUUAGUUACCCAUGACAAAAUUGUGUUGCUGGCAGCAAUCCACUGCUCUCAUCUGCAUCAGAAUAGACUGAUAGUGCUGUUGUCCUGGAAGGGAUUUGGGGAACAUUGGAUUGGUUGUAAAGAGAAAUAGUUCAUAAAGAGGCAAAAAAAAGAGAGAAUAGGUCAGUUGCAUAGUUUUAAUAGUUUAAAGUUGAUUGAUCAUGACUUGAUUUUUCAUAUAACCAUUGAAGUCUUGUAAAGAUUAUGAAUCUAAUAAAGUUUAAAAAUUUGAAA